GCCUCUUGCAUUAAACAUUUCAUCUUCUGUUGUCUAAGAGUUAUAAGAAGGAUUUUAUUCAGUCUCUGUCUGAAUUGAACUUAACAUAUUCCUCCACUUGGUUGGAGUACCUGUCCAUACUGAUGGUCCUGUUGAGCUGUGUGAUUCUGUGCAUGAACAAACCCUAUGAAGAGCAACACACCUACCUGAAGAUUUUGGAUUCUGUUGUCUUUGCAUUCUUCCUCGUGGAAAUGGUCAUCAAGAUGCUGGCCCUGGGGGUUGUUGGCUAUUUUGGCAACCACUGGAACACGUUGGAUUUCCUCAUCAACUUUGGAGAAGUGUUGGACUUCAUCCUGGCACGCUUCAGCCUCCGCUGGAAAGUUUUCCAAGCUUUCCGCCCGAUGCGAAUGUACGGCAGAAUACAAAUUCUGCGAGUCCUGGUAAUAGUGCUCAUAGACACCCUGCCUAUGCUUGGUCAUGUUCUCCUCAUCAAAAUCCUGGUCAUUCUCAUCUUCUCCGUUGUGGGAAUACAGAUGUGGGCGGGUCAUCUACACAACCGCUGCUUUCUGGGAGAAGACAUUCCUACAACGUACAACGUUUCCCUGAGACCAUACUAUAUUUCAAGUUGGUCAAAGUACUCCUUCAUCUGUUCGCCUGACAACGAGGAUGGGAUGCAGCGCUGCAGUCAUGUCCCACCUUACAGUGUGGACGGACAAAUCUGCACAUUGGAUGCUCCCCGUCACCACCACACUUCCACUGCAAAUGACUCCAGUGGCUGUAUCAACUGGAACCAGUACUACAAUGUCUGUCGGGCAGAGGGCAACAACCCUCGCAAGGGAGUCAUCUGUUUUGACAACAUUGGCUGUGCUUUGAUAACCACAGUCCAGGUGUUCACACUGGAAGGUUGGACAGAGAUCAUGUUCUAUGUGGCGGAUGCCCAUUCCAUCUGGAGUCUUCCCAUCUUCAUCGUUGCCACCAUUAUUGGCGCUCUCAUCAUGAUGAACGUGUGCGCAGUCGUCAUCGCCACCAAGUUCUCCGAGGGCAUGAAGAGAAAGACAGAGGAGCCACAGGUUGGCUCUGUUAGCACAGCAGCACUGUUUCACAAGCUCAUGGGUCACGUGCAGAGGAUCUUCUGUGGAGAGAACAGAAAUACCAGCAGGGUUUCUCCUGAAAGCAGCCAUGGCAGGAGUAAUGCCUUGGGUCAGGUCUUGACACCCUGCAAGAGAAUCCUGAAAAGGACUGUGGAGAGUACUCCGUUUAAACGCCUCAUCAUGCUUGCUGUGGUCCUCAGUACUGUUUCCUUGGUCAUAGAGCACCAUGAGCAGCCCAAGAUGUUGACACGUGUGUUAAAGAUCAGUAACAUCGUCUGCACCAUCAUAUUCCUCGUGGAGAUGAUCUUAAAGUUGCUGGCUCUCAAGUGGGAGUACUUCAAGGACCAAAAGAACGUCUUCGACUUUUUCAUCGUUACCGUCAGUAUACUCGGUAUGCUCCUGUUUGGUGAUAAAUUUCAGUUCGAGACGAAACAUGGAGACAUGCGCAAUGCCCGAAAAAACUUUGACAGCCUCCGCUGGUCCAUGGUUACUGUGUUUGAGGUUUUCACCGGGGACGGCUGGAAUCUGGUGCUUUACCACGCCAUUGCUGCAACAUCCUCAUGGGCCAUGCUUUACUUUGCUGUGCUCAUCGUGCUGGGGAAACUUGUUCUUCUCAAUGUUCUUGUGGGCAUAGUGAUUCUGACCUUUCAGAACAUUUCCAAUCCAAACGACGGUUCCCCUGAGAGUGACCCAACACACAUUGACCACAACAACAGAGACAAUGGCCAGCCUAGCACUGGAUCUGGCUCUGAGCUCAGCAGAUCCUCUGUGACUGACCCCGCCCCUACUGGAUCUGUCUCUGAGCCCAGCAGAUCCUCUAUGGCUGACUCCACCCCUACUGGAUCUGUCUCUGAGCCCAGCAGAUCCUCUAUGGCUGACUCCACCCCUACUGGAUCUGGCUCUGAGCCCAUCAGAUCCUUUGUGACUGACCCCGCCCCUGCACUGCCAGACAUCACUGAGGACAAUGAAUCUCUGAGCUUGAUUCAGAGGAUUGUCAGCUGGUUCAAAAAGCAUGAAGAUUGUUCAUUCUACGUGUUUUCUCCACAAAACAGCACCAGGCAGGGGUGCCGGGACCUGCACCGCAGCAGGCAGGGGUGUCUGGGCACAUCCCACCACCACCACCACCACAGCCCAUGGCAGGGGUGUCAGGGGAAGCACCACAGCAGUUGGCAGGGGCUUCAGAACCCACCCCACCACCACCACAGCCCAUGGCAGGGGUGUCAGGUAAAGCACCACCACCACCACCACCACCACCACAGCAGCACCCGGCAGGUGCGACAGGGCACACCCCACCACCACAGCAAGGGCCUACACCCCAGGGGGCAAGUGUCCCGACUGUUCCCGGCAAAAAAAGGGCAAAGAAAUUUAAACACUUGGCAUUUGAGGUGGAGGAGGAGGAGGAUGAGCAGGGGCAGCAGCAGCAGGAGGAAGAGCAUCUGUGGGUUGAGGCCACGCCUGCAGCUUGUGCCUCCGAGGAGAGCUGAAGCGAGGAGGAGGGCCAGAGAGAGGGCGUAAGGGCGGCCAUCGACAACAUUGUGGCAGAGCAAGCCUUGAAGGGCCAAAGCCCCGAAAAACAUCUGUCACCAAGCCAAGGCCCAGAGACCCUGGCGUCGACAGGCCAAUGCUCAGAGAGCCUUAAAUCAGUGGCCAAAAGCCCCAAGAGGAGGGCAAGUGAAGAAAAAAAAAAAGAGGCCAUCAGAGCAGGCCAUUCACAAAUCCCUCUUUAAAAUCUUCGGGGGCAAGAGCAAGGCAUCCAGGAUGAGAAGUAUUUCAUUCCCUUCCUCAAUGGAAAGCUACCUUGAGGACUAUGCUACAUUUGUCUUCUGCCCUGAGGGCACAGACAAAAUGCAACAGAACGCCGUGAGCAAGGCCAGCAGAGCCAGGGCCUUCGUGAAGUAUAUGAUGGUGGGGUGGGAGUCCACAAACUUUUGGACAUGGGAAUUCCUGCUUAAUACAAAGCACUUGAAGGCAUACCCGGCUGUCCUCCGAAAAUUUGGAUGGGCCCCACCCACAGUAAUACUGUAUCUGGGCCACGCCAUUUCAUUUAUGGAAUAUUUCAGAGAUACCCCGCCACAAUACUGCCGCCUGGGAGCGAGUCGGUCCAUCCUGAUUUUCAGGGACCUCAAGAAAAUAUAUAAGGAUGUGAGCAGGACUGUCCUGGGCCACCAGACCCUGAUAAAACAAAGUAAACAGGGCAGGCUGGUGG